AUGUCUUACUGUACCUCGCAGUGGGACAACGACUGGCCUUGGAGGGCUCUUGUUUGCGCUCAGUGGGGGUUUGCCAUCAUCGGAUUUAUCGGGCAUCUUUUCAUCCCUGAAUUGCCGGUAUAUCUCAUUCGCAUGGAUAGAAUUGACGAUGCCCGUGGGGUACUCAACCGUCUCUACUCGAAAUUCACCGAUGCAGAUGGCCAUUUUGAACGUAUCAAGAUCAAUCUGGAGGAGGCCGAGACACAAAAUAAGGCUACUUAUGGCGAGUCCUUUCGUGGCACUAACCUCCGCAGAACCAUGAUCGCAAUCCUUGUUUUCCUCGCCGAACCGAUGUCGGGUCUAGGAUUUGUGUCGAACUACGGAGACUUCUUCUGUCGACGACCCAUGUUUCUUGGAGGUUGCACUGCUCUGACUACCCUACUGCUCUGUAUGGGCAUUGCAGGCUCGGUGAAUACUAUUACUAGAGUCACUGCUGCUGUCGGCUUCUACACUCUGUCCAAUCUCGCAUUUAACAUUGGCGUGGGAUCCAACGUCUACGCCAUCGCCAGUGAGGUCCCCACGUCUGUCCUGCGCACGAAAACACUCGCCAUUUCCCUGAUCAUCUCCAACGCCGGGAACCUCAAAGCCAAGAUCGGUUUCGUCUUUGGUGGCUUCAUGAUUUUCUUCAUCGUGGGUGCAUACUUCUUUGUACCUGAGAUGUGUCUGCGUUCAUACGAAGAGUUGGAUGAGUUGUUCAUGAACCGCGUGUCCACGCGACAGUUCAAGAACUAUGUGACGGUUGUUGAGCAGCUUGCCGCGGAAGCCUUUUCAACCGAGAAAAAAAUACCGACUGUAGUAGAGACAGAGGUGUAG